AUGGCGUCAAAUUCGCGGAACAUCGCAGAGAUCAUAACGAUUUACAGGAGGAUGAAGAAGGGCCGAGAAAACCAGCGCAUCUACAGACAAAUGCUGAACGUGGUGAACGAGGACGAGAACAACGAGAGAAUGGACGAGUACGAAAUGAUGGCGGAUGCCCGUGCACAGAACGGCACGGCAGCAUACACAAAUACCGAUGGCGCAGGCAUGUCGGGCAAUGGGCACGGGGAGGACGAAAGCACGGUUUCGGUCAGUGCAGCGCACAGAGCGGGCAGAGACACGAGCGAGCAGUUCGUCAGGUCAUACGAGACAGGGAACUACAGAGACGAGAGAAACAGGGAAGAAGAGAACGGCGACAGCGACAAACCGUCCGGGCGCAGCAGCGGAAUGUCCCUUGCCACUGAACGGCAGCCGAGCAAGUUCUACAACUUCGAGCGGUACCAGGACAUCGAGCAGGCGAAGUUCCUGUUCUACAGCAAGGAGACCGGGAUGUUCCAGACGGACACCUUCCGCGAGAUUGAGGAGCGCGCAUCGGGGUGCUACUGGCUGAGCAUCUUCGACCCCGCCGAGAAGGACCUGAUCGACAUCGGGCGGCACUUCAAGGUGCACGACAUAACGCUGAACGACAUACGGGAGAAGAACACGAAGGAAAAGGUAGAACUCUUCCACAACUACACGUUCGUCAGCACAAGGCUGUUCUCAGAGACUGAAACACAGAACACCAACGACAACGAGAAGAUCAAAAGCGUUGACAUCGACUUCAACAUCCUGCUGUUCCGCAACUUCAUCGUCACGCUGCACGACACGCGGUGGAACAGCAUCAGCGACAUCCUCAACUUCCUCAAUCUCAUCUCCGAGUACACAACGGUGUAUCCCGAGUGGGUGCUGUUCAGCAUCGUUGUUCGAGUUCCUGCAGGACGUGCGCUUUCUGCUCGAGCUGAUGGUGCCUGAGGUGACCGCGAUGCAGAACAACUCGUACUUUGUGGUGGACAGGAUCGGCAGUGUCCUGAAGGAGAACUUCCUGCUCACCAACAGCCUCUUCAGCCUGCGGACAUCCACCAAGCCGAAGAUAAGCAUCCUGAACAGCAUCAUAAACAAGUAUGGCAGGAAGCUGAGGAAGAGCGUGCUCAAGCACAUCUACUUCACGUACCAGGACUUCCUCUCGGUGGACAAGGAAAUGAAGGAGAACAGCAAGUCGCUUGAGCGGUGCCAGGACCUUUUCCUUGCGCUUGUCAACAUGGAGCAGUCGCGUGAGGGGAACGAAAUGAACAAGGUGAUGAAGCGGUUCACGAUAAUCACGUUCAUUUUCCUACCCAUGCAGACGGUUGCUGGUCUGUGGGGGAUGAACGUUCCUGUGCCGUUUCAGGAUGAGAAGAAGCUGUGGCCGUUCUUCCUGCUGUGCAUAGUGGGCCCGCUAAUAAGCAUGGUGUACUUUUUCAUGCCACGCCAGCUGUUCAGUCUGUUCAAGAACAAACACCACAAAUAG